AUGACUAAGAUGGCUAUCUCUGGAUCAGCCAAGUUCUUCACCCUGGCAUUGGUUCUGAUCUCGCUGGUGUUAAUGGGCAUAACCUUGGUGUCUGAGCCGUUCUUUGGUAUUUCACCGACUCUGGCCGACAAUGAGGUGGAGUUCAAUACCCAGACGUCUACUCAUACGGUUUAUGUGCACCAGACGGGUGUUCCACAAAAUCCACAGGAUGUGAUGAUGUGGACUGGCAAAAAGGAAGAGGGGAACCAAGUUCAAAAAGGAAAUCAAGUGUAUCAAGCGCAUGGAGAAUCUGAAGAGCAUCAAGAUCAUCAAGAGCAUCAAGUAAGACAACCUGAACCAACUCCGGUGCAAUACUACAAGAGAGAUGAUAACACACUGACAAACUCGAGUAUUUCGUCUUUCCAAUCUCCAAGUGGUUUUAUUCCUAGUACAUCGUUUAGCUCAGUGUCUACCAGUUCUCGUUCGAGUUCUAGCUCAAGCUCCAGUUCUAGUUCGAGUUCUAGCUCAAGCUCCAGUUCUAGUUCUAGUUCUAGCUCCAGCUCCAGCUCGAGUUCUAGCUCCAGCUCUAGUUCUAGUUCUAGUUCCAGUUCAUCCUCUAGUUCUACUUCCAGCUCUAGUACCAGCUCAAGCUCAAGCUCGAGUUCUAGUUCUUUCUCCACUUCCACUCCAGAAACCACCGAUGCUGCGACUUCGUCACAAGCUCCAUCUUCGUCCUCGUCCUCGUCCUCGUCCUCCAAGACAGCAGCGCCUUCAUCUUCAAUAACUAACAACACCAAAAGUUCAAGCUCGGGUCUUUCCUCUGAGAACAAAAAAGUGGUGAUCGGUGUGGUUGUGGGCGUUGGUGUUCCGCUACUGGCGCUGCUGGGAUUUCUUGGGUACAGGCUGAUGCGUGGAAGAUCCGGGUUGCUUUCUUCGUCAGCAGGAUCUGACUCAUCUCAUGGAAAAGAGCACUCACGUAAGACGUAUGUGAACUCAAACGGUGACGUUAUCACAGACGAUAGUGCGGGAUUGUUCUCCAAGCUCAAGUUCUGGAAUAGGUCUACUGCUGGGGACUUUCAUGAAGAUGGAAUUGAUGAGCUUCCCGCCUCUGAUGCCCAGCUUGAUCAGUUUUCGAAUACUCCUAACACACGGCCGAACAAUCCGGCACUGAAUUUUUGA